GUUUUCACUUUCCGCCUCCGACCAAUUACCUGCGCUCCUCCCUCUCCGACGACGCCCUCCUCCCUCUCCGACGUCGCCUUUUUAGAAACAAAAAUUUGCCCUUUUUCUUCUAAUAUUUUUCUCUAUAUAUAUAUAUAUUAUAGAGUCGAUCAGUUCCAGCCUCGGUUUCCCUCAAUCGAUCUAUCUCAGUGCAGUUAAGAUGGAGCAUGGAUCUUUGACUGAUGUAAGCGCUUCGACAUUUUCUCUAAUGGAUGAGGAUCACACCCUAGCGAAUUCUGUCAGAUAUACCCUCAAUAAAGAUCCAAGAGUCGUAUUUUGUGGAUAUAGCAUACCUCAUCCAUCAGAUAAUCGAGUCAACAUAAGGGUCCAGACUACAGGUGAUUCAGCAAAAGAUGUAUUUAAGGAUUCCCUCCAGAAUCUGAUGUUCAUUUGCCAGCACGUGAGGACCACCUUCGACAAGUCUGUAGCUGACUUCAAAGUGAGCCAGCCCUUGGAACAAAUGAACAUUGAUAAAAGAUGAUCAAUAUUUCAAUUUGCAACAGUUAAAAAGAUAAAAGCCAUGGAUGUUCCAUGUUCUUCUAGCUGAUGGAGGUCUAUAUGUUGGAACUUGCUUGUACUGAAUGUUUAUGUUUAUAUUUUUUGACUGUAUUGAAACUUGUCGUGAUCGCGUAUACCUAUAUUGAAUUAUCCAGUAUGUAGGCGAUCUAAUUUUACAUAUUUAAAACAGAUUUGCUGCUGAUAUUAUUGAUUAUUUGAUGGCUUUUUUGUAGUUAAAAGCCUUUGGUAUCA